AAAAACUCCAUCAAUUACCAUUACUGACCCUAGCACCCAUCUCUUUAUUCAAUUCUCUCAACCCCACCGCCCCUCUCUCUCUCUCUCUCUCUCUCUCUGUGAAUGCCAUGGGCAGCACUGACGAGUCCAACAAACCUUUAAACCUCUACGAACCCCCAUCCUCUCCAUCCCAACCCCUUCUCUCCAAACACUUCCCUUCCAUAGACGCGCCGAUCUCUCAAAUAGACGGAGCCACCUCCGAGCCGGACCAGACACAGUACCUCCAGAUUUCAUACAACUACGGACCUCGACACAUCAAAGACCUCCCUUUCCUCAUCCUCUUCCUCCUCUUCGUUCUCUCCACUUUCGCCUUGGGCAUCUUUGCUUCCGUUAAUCGUAACCCUAAUUCCAAUAACAUCUCCUCUUUUGCAUUCGACUCCAUUUCAUCUUCUUGCAUAAAAAAUUCAUCUACGAAUGCGUUUCACUAUCAGAAGCAACUCUUUUUCGGUACACCCAUUUCAUUGAACUCUUCAAAUUCGAGUCUUUGGGAGAGUUUGAUAUGGACCCUUGUAAUUACUUUGAUUUUGAGUGUACCCUUUGUGCUGUUCGUUCUUUUACUACUCAAGCAUUAUACCAAACAGAUUGUCUACGUUUCGCUACCCUUUUUUGUUAUAGUUCCCAUUUUCUUUAAUAUAUAUUGGUUCGUUGCUUGUACUGUUAGUUCAACUUGUAGUGAUGCAUUUCCGUUGGCUUACCGUAUUUUAGUACUCGUGUUUGUGUUUUUGGUGAUUGGAGUGAUUGUGUGGAUAUUUGUGGUGAAUUGGCACCGAGUUGAGUUGACUGUGAAGAUAAUUGCUGUGGCCUCGAAUGCGUUGUCUAACAAUUUGGGUUUGUUUGGGGUUUUACCUGCUUUGACGUUGGGGUUGCUUGUGUAUUACGUGCCCAUUGUUGUGUUUUUGGUGUUUGCGAGGCUGAACGGGAAGAUUGUUCCGAGAGAGAAUGAUGGAGAAUAUAAUUGUGUUUGGAAGCUGGAUAGUUGGGUGCCCGCGUACUAUGCACUGGCAAUUCUUACCAUGUUGUGGUCUACACUGGUAAUGGUGGAAGCUCAGGUUUAUGUUAUCAGUGGGACUAUUGCGCAAUGGUACUUCUCAAAGGAUGAUUCUAGGCCAAAGCGAAGUAUAAGAAGCUCACUCAGACAUGUAUUUGGCCCCUCCUCUGGAACUAUAUGUCUAUCUGGAUUACUUGUCUUUGUUGUUCGUGUGGUGCGUGCUGCGGUUGAUAAUGCAAGACAAGAGGAUGCUGCGGGGAUUGUAAACCUUAUACUGCGGUGCUGCGUUAAUGCCCUACUGACAGCAGUUGAUUUUCUUAAUAAGUUCACCAUAAACUUUGCAGCUAUAACUGGUGAAGCUUACUGCACCUCUGCCAGGAUGACAUAUGAACUACUAAAACGCAAUCUUCUUUCAGCUGUUUUUGUGGAGACUGUCUCCACUCGUAUACUGGCUGGAAUUAUUUUUGUUCUCUCAGCACUUUAUGCAAUUGUGGUUUGUGCUAUAUUGAAAGGUGUAAGUCACCUCGGAAUGGACUCAUACUUUGUGGCUAUCAUUGCAUGGGUGCUGCUGAUUGUGAUACUGAGUUUCUUUGUGCAUGUCCUGGACAAUGUCAUUGAUACAGUGUAUGUGUGCUAUGCCAUAGACAGGGAUAGGGGGGAGGUUUGUAAACAGGAGGUGCACGAGGUUUAUGUUCACCUCCCAAUCAGUAGGAAUCAUAGAUCAUCUCUUGUUGCCCGAACUCCACUUGUUGUAUAAUUAUCCUUAAUUUAAUUCAUGUGUUGUAUUAUCUGUGAUUUGUUCUUUUUUGGAGAAAUAACUACCAGCUGGCAUAUGGUGCAUGUCCGCAAGUGUUUACUCUGUAGAACUGAUGUUUGAUCAAUAAAAUUUGAAAUUUUGUAGGCAAAGUCUGCAAGUCAAUUAUGUUUGUACCCAAGGUUCCAAAGAUAAGAAAUCAUCCAUUGUGGAUUGAGCUGCUAUAGCCUUCUCCUUGAAGUAAUUUCUUGCUAUUUGGAUCUUUAGCAAGAGAUGACUGUUCUAUUCUUCGCAAAUUUUGCUUAAUCCAUCAUGCUUUUUCGUUUGUAACUCAAUCUUUUGAGAUACUGGCAUUAGUUUUUUUUUCUGCUGUUUUUGUGUUUGACAGUUCUCAAGUAUUUGUGGAAAUGGAAUGUCUCCCCUUGAGAAAAUAUUUUGCCGUCUUUAA